AUGUAUCUAAUUCAAAUAUUAUCUAUUCUUCUCAUUUCUGGGAUUUAUGCCAGUAAUCAGUGUCCCGAGAAAUGGAGUUAUUUUGAGAAAACUGAUGGUUGUUAUCAUUUAAAUAAUUUCACAAAUGAUGAGAAUGAUCGCUGGAAAAUGUACACAGCGAAAGAAGCUGAAGAAAAAUGUAAAGAAUGGGAGUCUCAUUUGGUGUCGAUUCACUCAAAAGAUGAGGAUGAUUUUCUUCAAGAAUUAAUCAAAUCGAAUGUGAAAGAACUGAAGGACGGACACAACCCGUGUUUCUUCCAAUAUGCGUGGAUUGGAUUGAGAGGAAAUGGAAAAGCAAACUCGGGAAGUUGGACUGAUGACACUCCCGUUGAUUACACUAGUUACGCAAAGGCUGAGGAGCUAGAUAACAAAUUUUGGAAGAUUGGAAACGAUGAAUCGUGUCAAAUCCAAGGAUGGGCAUGGUCCGGUGAAGAAGCUCAUAAGAAUGCCCGUUUCAUCUGCAAAAAGCAAAACAAAAUCAUGUUAGCUAAC